AUGGAAGCUGAACUCGGCAUGCGCGUUGUCGCUGCAGUUCUCAAGUUUCUGGAGCAGCAGGAGUUGGCGAAGACAGCAAAGGCUCUUCGGAAAGAGGCAAGCAAGCGGGAGUGGGACUUGGAAGCUGCAGCAGCAGAAGGGCAGCAGUUUGACUUGCUGCAGCUCUGCAGCGCAGCAGCGCGGGCGAGCGAGGAGGCUGAAGAAGCUGUUGAAAAGCCAAGCAAAAAGUCCAAAAAGAAGAAAAUAAAUGAUGAAGAAUCGACUAAGCCCAAGAAGAAGGCCAGGGCCAUUCCUGAGAACGAAAACUCAGAGGCAGAGGCCACGCAAGCAGCCCCCGAGACAGACUCCAGCUGCAGCAAACAAAAUGGAAAAACUUCAGAAAAAAAAGCCAAGUCCGAAGAAGAAACUGCUGCUCAAGAAGAGCCCCAAGACAGUCAGAGAGGCGGCAAAGGCGCAGCAGGCUUCAAGCGCUUCCAACGCAUAGACGACACCCGGUGGAUUUCAGCGCUGCCUGCAGAACUCAAAGACAAUUCUUUUUGGAAGAAAAAAAAUGACAGUUUUGCGGCGAAGGCGGCGGAGCAGCUGGGGCGGGUCCGAGGCAAAGACUUUCGCCACGAAAAAUCCAAAAAGAAAAGAGCCACGUGGAAGGGCUGCGGAGAAAUCCCCAUGACAGUUAAUUCAAUUCAAUUUGCCAGCGACUCGGAGUGA